AUGGCCAUGCCGUGCCUGUCGGGCGACGCGCACGCCACGGACACGCGCCGCCUCGCAGCAUCCCUCCCUCUCUGGACCCCCUCGCUGCACGACGAGCUCCGCCACCUCACCAGGACCCCGCCAGACACGCGCCGUGCCUCGCAGCAAUCCGACGCUACCCUCCACCCCCGAGCUCCGGCGACCAUCGUUGAGUUCGCCGUCGUCAACACCGUCGCCCUGCAUCAGUGCCACCGCUCGCCGACGUCCCAGCUCGCCGUCGACCCCCUACCGCCGCCGCUGCAGCAAGGUCCUCUCGUCGUCAACGACGACGACGCCCAGCCGUCCGAUCUGCUUCUGAUCCAACGCCUCUCAGCCCCCGUACCGAUUCGAGCCGAAAUUGGUUCUCUAAAUUUCCCGGCCGACAUUGCUUGUCGGUCGUUGCCGUUCGUCUGCUUCUCUCUGUCGCCCGUCCGCUUCUCGUCUUCAAUCGAUCGGCCAGGACCUGCUCUCGAUCGCCCGCCAGGAUCUGCUCCCGAUCUGCCGCUCCCCCGCCGAGAGCAGGAGGACCAGGACCUGCUCCCGAUCUGCAGCUCCCCCGCCAGGCCCUGCUCUCCCGCGCCGCGCCGCGCCGCGCCACCCGCUGCCCCCUGCUCUCCCACGCCGCCCCGCCCGCUGCUCCCUCUGCUCCAUAGCGUCGCCCCGCCUCCCGCGCCGCCCCGCCCGCUGCUCCCUCUGCUCCACAGCACCGCGUCGACCUCUUUUCCCCGAUUCGCGUCGCCCGCUCCGCGUCGCCCGAUCCGCGUCUGCAGUUGA